CUCACUCCUAUCCUAUAGAACAAUAUAUAUAUAUAAGCGUCUGUGUUAGCUCUGGACGCAUAUCGAUCCUACAAGUAAUUUACCUUUUUUCUUUGGAAAUGGCUUGUGAAAUUGCAUGCGCAGGUGGAGUCACGAGGGAAAUGGAAAUGGAGUAUGAAACUACAGGCAACGGUGGAGUUACGGUUAAGAUCAAGAGUCCACCAGCUGCAUUCUGGAGUGCAAUUCGAAACUCCACAGUAAUGUUUCCAAUUGCCAUUCCUGACCUAUAUAUAUCCAUCAUACCAAAUCCCAAAAACUUAAAGGAACGCCAAGUCAAGUAUGGCCCACGUUCUCCGAAUAUCAAAUCGUCGACUGAGGAAAUCACUGCAAACACUGAAGAAGUAUUCAUUUACAGGGUAACUGGUGGUGAUAUCCCCUUUAAAUAUCACGUUCAUGACUUCAAGGCUAUAAUAUCUUACCCAAUUAUGCCACACGUGUCAUGGGCCUGGACCUAUAAGCAUUCCCCACAUGAUCAAUCAUCUGCUUCCAAACUUAAUGCAGAUAUGGCAGCCAUUGCAAAGCAGACCCUGGAAGAACUUGAUAACUUUCUCCUAAUUAAAAGUACUUAAACUAAAUUGCAUGGGUGACAUUAAUGCAUAUAUAUUUACUGUAUAAAUAAAACAAAGCCCUACUUUGCGCUCAUCCAUGCAUGUUUGCUAGAUUAUUACUGUGUCUGCAUGGCCUAUGUGCUACGUUUGGCAUAGUAAAUAAGGCAGAGUCCUAUGUACGCUAAUGCUCUGCACUUCAUCCUUAGUUGUACGUGUCUGUUAUGCUUUUAUAUUUUUCUUAAUUAAAAUAAAAUUUAGGUUCAGCUGUUUCACAUGUACAUUUCCCAUUUCAGGGUAUUCCAAUAAUUUAAUGUCUUUAACGUUUUUGGGAA